UUUUAUGCAGAUAAUAUCUAAUAAUAAAUUCAAGCAUGCGCUAAAAGCUCGAUUAAAAAUGUGCUUGUUUGAUUGUAUCAUUUUGAAAUAAAGCGGUGAGGGUGUAUGUAGUUUUUUACCAUGGAACUGUACGAAGUUAAAAGUGCGACUAAUGAAACCGUGCAAGCGAACUACAGUAAAUUAUCUGAUCAUAUAAGACGGUUGACACCGCAAGGUAUUCAGUGUAGCGUUUUCUGUGGCGGGACUAAUUGUAAAUACGAAAAUCCGGAAAACUGGAAAGCCGACAGUUUGGCCAUACAGGGGAUAUACUCACAUUGGAUAACUGACGAUAUUUUAGCGAUGGCACGUCCUAGUACUAUGGUGAUUGUACAAAAGAAUAUAAUUCAACAAUUUGAAAGUUUAGGAAUAAAAUCGAUAAUUAAUUUACAAUCACCGAGAGAGCAUGCAAGUUGCGGGCAACCGCUGGAAGAAUCGGGCUUUUCUUACGACCCAAAUAUAUUCAUGGAACACAAUAUUUUUUAUUACAAUUUCGCCUGGAAGGACUACGGGGAUGCCACGCUGGUGGGCCUCCUCAACAUGGUGAAGGUCCUGGCGUUUGCCGUAACGGAAGGACGCGUGGCUAUUCACUGCCACGCCGGUCUAGGGAGAACUGGGGUUCUGAUAGCGUGUUACUUGGUUUACUCGCUUCGAGUUAGCGCAAACGAUGCCAUAAGAUACGUCCGGUUGAAAAGGCCGGGGUCGGUCCAAACCCGGGGACAAAUUUUAUGUGUCCGCCAUUUCGCACAAUUUGUACUUCCCCGAACUAUAACCUACUGUCUCAAAGAAAACAUCAACAAAAACAAAUAUAUGAGUGAGUUUAGCUUGGUGCGGUUCCUGCACAGGCAGAGGGUCAUCCUCCACGGCUACGAGGAACGCACUUUCAAAUUCAUACCGAAGAUCGUCCACUGCAUUUGCGAGCGGAUUUUGAAGCUGUGUGGCUGCUGGAUUGACGAAUUCUCGUCAAACACGCCACUCACCUUCGAUUUCCUUUACACGAAACUCAACGGGAACAUCAAAAGAUACGAAAGUACCUACAGCUUGUGCAGCACGAACUCCGAUUCGCUCUUUUCCAACGAAUUAAAGUCUCCUGAAGAAAUCUCUUCACCUUCUAGUCCAAACCCUUCCGAGAAUGGCGACCCGAGCGACUCGUUUUCCGAAUUGAGCACCCUAGACGGUGACGAAAUAAGGGAAGAACUUUUAAUAGAAAAUCGAUGUUUUCAAGAGUUGGAAACACAAAAGUGUUUCAAUCAAGAAAUGAGUGAGGAAUCAAUAGUUAUCCAAGACAUAAAUGUCGCAGUCGAUGCACUAUUACUGGAUUAUUCAACGCUAUCGAAUGAGAUCAAAAAGAAAGUGAGACAGUUUCAAAUCGAAAUUAAUUCGUCCCAAGUCGGGUGGGCGAAGCUUGCGAUUGAGACGGACUUGAGGAUUUUAGCGAUGCUGCUUUUUGAGUGGAUCGAGAGUCUGAAGCAUCCGGUCAUGAAACGCGAGUUUUUUGAAAACAUUGUCGUCAAUUACAAGCAACCUGAAGUCUGCUUCCAGAAGUUUCCAGCUGAAGAAGGCUAUUUCAUGGAAUAUUUGCUCCGAUUUGUCAGUAAAAUUAACCCGAUUAGUAAAGAGAAUCAGGAGGAUUUGAUAAAACGGAUAAUUGCCGCAUGCUCGCAGCAAACUUUGCUAAUCCAAGGGAAGAUGAAACCGAUAGAUAAAGGGUUUAAAAAACUGCGGGACGGAACGUUGGCUUGCACAAUAGAGUUUUUCCAGUCGUUGUUUGAACUGAUUGAAGUUCACCACAGCCUUAAGUCGAGUGUUUACUUAGAAGAAAGCAAGAUGUAUAACGAGAAUGAUCUCGAGAAUGACUUCCAAUAAACGAAAUGUGUGUGUGAAAUACUAUUUUUUUAAUGUAUGUACUUCUUUAAUGAAUCUCCUUAAUCCAU